AUGGCGACGUCUACCCAAGCGCCGCCGGCGCAGAAUGGCCACUCAGGGCUAUCCGCGACUGAAGAUCCAUUACCCCCGCUCGAGGGUCUGGCUCGAUUGGCAAGCAAACGAGCGCGGGCCAUCUUCUCAGAGCCGAAUCCAGCGGAUGUCUAUUCAGAAUCACGAAAAGCUCGGCUGGCAUCCAAGGUCGCUGAUGAAUAUGCACACGCAAAAGAGCUUCCAGCAGCUGUGCAAGCACAGCAAGGCGCCGUCGGGCCUGCACUGCCGGGGGGCAGCAAGAAGCGAAAAGGGACGGAUGGGAGCGCAACUGCUGAGGGGCAGCUUUUACAGGAGCUAGAUAGUGCAUCCCCAUCAAGCUCUCAGCCGGGGCCCUCAGAUAGAGUGGUUGCCAUCCGACGAGCAGAAGGGUUCGCGUCUGCCAACGGAGGGGGCACGACGCUAUCAACAGCGUUGAUUCGGAAGAAGGAGGCUGCCUCUCGGAUAGAAAAGCCGCAAUAUCAUCCGCAAUGGAAGUUGAUGCGGGUCAUCUCUGGGCAUUUGGGUUGGGUGCGCUCGCUCACAGUCGAGCCAGGGAACAAGUGGUUCGCUACUGGUGCUGGCGACAGGAUGAUCAAGAUCUGGGAUCUUGCCUCUGGAGAGCUGAAGCUCAGCUUGACCGGCCACAUCUCAACAGUGCGCGGCUUGGCAGUUAGCAACAGGCAUCCUUAUCUAUUUUCAGCCGGAGAAGACAAGGUUGUGAAAUGCUGGGAUCUGGAGACGAACAAGGUCAUCCGCAACUACAUUGGCCACCAAUCGGGCAUCUACUCGCUGGCCUUGCAUCCGACGCUCGAUGUCGUCGUCACCGCCGGGCGAGACUCAGUCGCAAGGGUGUGGGAUAUGCGGACGCGGGCUCAGAUCCACGUUCUUGGUGGUCAUAGCGGUACAGUUGCCAGCGUCGUAUGUCAAGAAGCCGAUCCGCAAGUCAUCACCGGCAGCAUGGACCAAACGAUUCGCCUGUGGGACCUGGCGGCGGGCAAGUCGCUGACGACGCUCACGCACCACAAGAAAUCGGUGCGUGCACUUGCGCUGCAUCCGACGGAGUUUUCCUUUGCUUCUGGCUCGGCUGCGGGGAGGAACGUCAAGACGUGGAAAUGCCCAGAGGGGACACUGUUGAACAAUAUGACCCAAGAUGGCAUCGUCAACACGCUCAGCGUCAAUGCGGACGGAGUGCUGUUCUCCGGUGGCGACAAUGGGAGCUUGAGAUUCUUCGAUUACUCGACAGGCGUGCCAUUCCAAUCAGCAGACGACAUACCUCAGCCAGGUUCGCUAGAUGCGGAGGCGGGUGUCUUCUGCUCUGCGUUCGAUCAGAGUGGCACAAGGCUGCUGACCGGUGGAGCAGACAAGACUAUCAAGGUGUACCGAGAAGCGCUGUGA